AUGGGUGGUUUAGGUGGAGAUAAAGACGCAAAAAAGAAACACACGAGGCCUACGUUUUCUGGACAGCAGAUAUUUGCGUUAGAAAAAACCUUUGAACAAACCAAAUACCUGGCUGGACCAGAACGAGCGAAAUUAGCUUAUGCUUUAGGAAUGACAGAAUCACAAGUUAAGUUUCACUUGUUUUCUUACUUUCUUUUCCUGGGUUGUCACCCUACCUUAUUCCUUUUAGCGAUAUUAAAAAUAAAUCAAUUCCACGAACUACUAAGAACACCAAGAACACCAAGAGGAAUUAUUAUACCAAGUGUUAAGACUCUAUGA